UAAGACGCACACCUGGUAGUCAGACACGUUCAGUCAACGUGCGAACUUUAGUGUCUUAGUCACCGCAGAGUUGGACCUAGUUUACUUAUCGUGGUAUUUACAACUUUAGACUUGAGAUCUUUUCAGUUAGCAUCAUGUUAACGCCCCUGGUGUUUAGACUCGACUGGUCUGCGCAGGCGUGAAAACCGGUGCAGUAAAAGUGAACAAAUUAAAAUCCCAGAGUCGGAGCUGGGGCUGCGUGCUGAGCAAUAGGGAACUGAAAGAAAAGGCAGUCGGGACACGUCGGCGUUAAACCUAGUAGUUAACCAUGUCGAAACCGGGCAGUGCCAAAGGGCAGCACCAGUCCGGGACGAGGCGGUUUAUCAGCGGAGUGGUGGAAGGUUUUUAUGGGCGACCAUGGACUAUGGAGCAAAGAACUGAGCUGUUUAAAAGGGAACAGAAGUGGGGUUUGAACACAUACCUAUAUGCGCCCAAAGAUGACUACAAGCACAGGAUGUACUGGAGAGACCUGUACUCAGCUGAGGAGGCAGAACAACUCAUGGCACUGAUAUCAGCAGCCAAACAGCAUGACGUCACAUUCAUCUAUGCAAUCUCUCCUGGUCUGGAUAUUACUUUUUCCAACCCCAAAGAGGUUGCUGCCCUGAAGAGGAAACUGGAUCAGGUGAGGGAGUUUGGCUGCACAUCCUUCUCUUUACUCUUUGAUGACAUUGAGACAGAGAUGUGUCCAGCUGAUAAGAAGACCUUCAGCUCCUUUGCACACGCUCAGGUGGCCAUCACUAAUGAGGUGUACCGGCACCUGGGAGAACCUGAGACCUUCCUCUUCUGUCCUACAGAUUACUGUGCUGCAUUCUGCUCUCCCAGUGUGUCCCGGUCCUCUUACCUGAACACAGUGGGAGAGAAGCUGCUGCCUGGCAUUGACAUACUGUGGACUGGUCCAAAAGUUGUAUCCCACAAAAUUUCUGUUGAGUCCAUAGACGAGGUGUCGUCUGUCCUGAAGAGGGCACCGGUCAUCUGGGACAAUAUCCACGCAAAUGACUAUGACCCCCAAAGACUUUUUCUCGGACCCUAUAAGGAUCGUCCCACUGAGCUGAUUCCCAAGCUCAGAGGAGUGCUCACAAAUCCUAACUGUGAAUUUUACCCAAACUUUGUGGCCAUCCACACUUUGUCCACGUGGUGCAAGGCUACUGCUGAUGGAGGGCCGAGGGAUGUGGAAAUGGGUGAUGAGGAGCAGGAUCCCUGCUACAGUCCCCAGAAAGCCCUGAUCCUGGCUCUCACUGACUGGCUGCAAGAGUUUCUCAGCACAGAUCAAACAGGAGGCUCUCGCCGGCCUCCAGCUCGUCUCAAGAAAGGGUCACCAGAUGAGGAGCCCAUGCAGACAGACAUGGGAGAGGGCUCCUAUGUUCCUGGACCAGAAGAGAAUCCACUGUACACAGCUGAACCUCUGACCCUGGACGACCUGAAGUUGCUGUCUAACCUCUUCUACCUGCCGUACGAAUAUGGGCCCACAGCCAGGACCAUGCUACAGGAGCUAGACUGGCUCAAGAACCACAGUUGUGCCGCCACUGCAGAGACAGACAAGUCUGCAGAGUGGCGUUCCAGAGCACAGCACUUUGACGACAUGUGCGACGCAGUGGUGCAGAUGUUCAAUCGCCUGUCAAAUGCACCAAACCGCAGCAUUCUGUACGAUCUCUACAACUACAUCUGUGAUAUCAAGAGUGGGAUCGGUCUGGCUCGGGCCUACGUGAAAACACUCGGAGGGCAGGAUCGCCCCUCUGCUCAACUAAUGAACGAUGACCCUGAGCCUUGGGGCUUCAGAGGAGGCCUGUCUGGAGAAUUUCAGAGAAUGCUGCCUUGCCACGGAAACAGGGACCUGUUUAGGCAUCCUCCCAUGACUGCAGUGUACUGCAUACGGCCGUACUGCCCUGAGGACAAGCUGGAGGUGCAGAGGAUCUUCAGGGAGAUGCAGAGAGGAGAAGGCAACACUCCGCUCAUGACACAGCCUCCUCUUAUUUGUGACAGCCUGUCAACAGGGGAAAUCUCCCCCUCCCCUCAGUGCGCUCUUGUCCUGGAGGAUGAUACUGGCAUGUGUGGGUACGCCCUGGGGCUCGUGGACGCCAAACCAGCAGCUGCCAAGAUUGAGAGGGUGAUAAGUGAUUCAGUGUUUGAAGAGUUCCCCUCCCUGGUUACCAUUCAAGUUUUGCCCCGGGUCACUGAUCCCUCACCAGCCAAGCGGAUGAUUGGUUGGCUGUCAUCAUCCAUCAGGAGCAGUGGUUCCAGAGGAGUGUUCUGCGAGCUGAGGCAGAGUGAUCGGAGGAUGCUUGACUUUCACUCUAAACUGGGCUCCUUCAAAACCAUAAAUGUGGCCGGACUUCCCAAAGAUGUCCUUGCCCUGGGAACAAGCCUGUGAACGAGAUCACUCACAGAUUUCUCUCAGGGUUGAAGUGUUCAGAGAUGUGAACAAACACUCAUUGCACCAUUGUAAUGGUCCAGCUCAGAUUGAAGCGAUCUGUGUAAUUUAGCAGCCAUCGCCCUUUGCCAGUUGUAAUGGUCAUAAAGCUAGAACAUUCAUGGAAAUGCUUAAAUAAAAUGUGUAAAACUACUGUACCAUAAUGAAAAGUGAUGCAACUAUUGAUUUUGUAAACAUGAAAACUGUAAAAUGCACAGUGAUUAUUUUUAGAUUAAAGCCAGCACAAUAAAAAUGCUAAUGCCAUGCAGUAUGGAUGCA